AUGAGCUUUUUCAAAGUUUUGGUUAUUGGAGACGUAGGUGUUGGUAAAACUUCUCUCGUUAACAGAAUUGUCUAUCCAGUCUUAUAUUAAACUUGACAUAAGCAACUUAUAUACUAUCAAGAUCUCUAUAAAAAAUAGUAAUUAAAUUUAUAUAUCCCAGCCUAAAUUUAAUCCAAAAAACGCUUAUAAUACAUUCACUGAAAAAUACAAAGCCACAAUCGGUUGCGAAUUUGGCCUCAAGAUAAUUGAAAUCAAUGGAGAACCAGUUAGGGUUCAAUUGUGGGAUCUUGCUGGGCAGGACAGGCUAGGAGGUAUUUCAAGACUUUAUUGCAGAGAUGCCAAUGGAGCAUUAGUCGUUACUGAUGCAACACGUGAAGGAACACUUGAGCAAGCCAGUUUGUGGAAAGGAAGUGUUGAUGAUAAUGUAAGAUUGCCAGACGGCUCACCCAUCCCUAUGGUUCUUGUCGCAAAUAAAUCUGAUUUAUUAGUCCCUGGCAGUGGCAUGACAAAUGACGAUUUGGCGAGAUUUGCAAAUCAAAGGCAGUUUGUAGCAAGUUACAUGACAAGUUCGAAAUUGGGGACAAAUGCAAAUGAAGCAUUGGUACGACUUGUGGAAGAAAUUAUGAAGAGAAGUCAAGCAAAGGAAGAUGCAAUGGAAAGCCAAAUUAAAGGGAUGGGAGGAGAAAAACUGAAAGCUGGCAAACAGCACACUCAACAGAAAAAAUGUUGCUAGCUCCCCCCCCAUCCUUGAUCGAUCGGGUCGCCAUCGUUCGAUCAAGGAUAGGGGUUAAAAAAAAAUUUUUUGGGAAAAAAAUUUUAUAUAUAAAAUAAAAACUAUAUAUAUAUUUUUUUUAUUUACUUUUAAAUAAGAGGGUUAAGAGUAUUUAAUAAUUAUUUUUACAGCAAAAAUUGAAUUAAUCUCAUAAAAUACCAAUUUUUUAAUAUUUUGAUUUAUUAGUCACCUCUUUGAACUGUAUAAAUUUUAAUUUGUUUCUUAUUGAAUUAAAUUUUUUUUUUUUUUAAAAUUUGAAAGAAUCUCUAUUUUUUAGAUUAUUGAGUUUUUAAGCCUAGGUUGAUGACUAAAUCACUUCGGAUGGUUGAUUCCGUAGCUUUUUGUCGUCUCAAAGCCUCUGAAAACAACUUCAUUAGGUACAUCUUCCAAAGCUUUCGAUAACUAAUUUAUAAAAAUUUGCAUGAUAUGAAAAUCGUUCGAUCAAGGAUGGAAUUUUUACAGUCAAUCGUUCGAUCAAGGAUGGGGGUUAUUUUCUCAAAUUUUUAGGAACUUUUACAGUCAAUCGUUCGAUAAAGGAUGGGGGGAGUAA